AUGGCCCCUGGGAAUUCAACGUCUCCGUUGUUGCCCGCUCCGACGCUUAUGAAGGGAAUGCGUUUUAAAGACAGUAAAACUGCUUUUUAUGCAGUACAAGACUAUGCACUUUAUCACAAUAAACAAGUAAAAGUUGAUCGACGUGGAGGUAAACAUCGUAAAAUGGUGUGUGUAUCUACGGAACCGUGUCCGUUCUUCGUGCGACUGUACCUGCAUAACUCCAAAAUGGACAAUACGUGGUACGUAUCAAGUGCCAAUUUAAUGCACUCUCCAGAGUGCACGUCGACUGCCAAGCCCACACAGCGUCAGUUAGUGGAGAGUUUCACUUUUCAACACGCACUGGCGUCGACCCCCAAUGGCACGGCCGCCCAAUUAUUGCAACAAUUGCAGGGUCGAACAAAUUUACGUACAAUCUAUCGAGCCAAGCAGAUUAUGAAACGAGAACUACAGACACAAGUAGGCAACUCCUUCCGGAAAAUUCCGUCACUUUUACGGAAUUUCUCCGACUUGAAUCCAGGCUCAUUUACCAAAUAUGAAGUUGGUGGUCCUCAGAGUCAAAAGCCUGGAGCUUUUUUGAGGGCUUUCGUGAGCUGCAAUGUAUUUACUGAAUCGACGACAUUUAAUCAACAGAUUUACGGACUUGACGUCUUACCGUGUAACAACAGUGAAGCAAAUUAUCAAGGGGUGCAGAUAUUUCUAUUGGGGAAAGAUGGCAACAUGUGCAAUGUGACUAUUGCCGCGGCUUGUUGUGAUGCACCAUCAAGUGAGAAUUAUCGAUGGUUCUUUCGGUGUGUAGAAAAAUGUGGUGUGAAUCUACGAUACUGUCCGGUAUUGUGUGCGAUUGAUGCCGAAUUGUUGGCGGUGGAGAGUGAGCUGGGACUCACUUUGCGCUACUGUACGAGGUACAUUAUCGAGCAAGAGCUGUCGCUUAUGGGGUCAUUCAGCAAACACCAUCAUGCAUUGGUAUGGGGAUUACAAGGAUCAGAAACCGAGACGGAGUACAAUAACCGUCUGGAGUGGAUCGGAACGACCUGUGGGCUUGGUGUCGAAAGCUAUCUACGACAGUUUCCUAUGGAACGUUGGGUUGUGGCGGGGAAUAUCGGAAAAGUAGCAUUGUACGGGUGGCGGAGUCGGACAUUUUUUGAGACCUCGGACCAAGAACAGCAAGCUGGUGCAGGAGGACACGGGCAAAGUGGCACUGGGGUGGGUCUUGGAGGAAAUUGUGGCCUAGAAAGCGCUGGAGUCGGCGUAGCUGCAGCGGCGGUCGCUCCCGGCUUAUUUACUAAUUCAAGUCCAAGUAGCUCUGACUCUGCGGUUUUAACUACAAAGGGACAUGAUCGGUACCGGGAAAUGCUACCUUUUACGUUUUUUGAAGCAGUCGUGACGUCUUUCGUCCAAGAUGCAUUUGAGCGCAGCAUGCUAGCAGCAAAAUGGAAGCAACAAAAUCGAAUGGUGACUCAAUGUGCGCAAGACCUCUACGAUGCGCAGUGCAAGCGCAUUGGCGAGUACAAAGUCAGUCGUGCCUCAGAAACUGUAGCAUUUGUGGCGAAAAUGAACAAGGACUCAGGUGUUCGCCGUCGUGUAGACUUGCAGACCAGCACCUGCACGUGUGAUUUCAUCGACCAGUAUGCCAUCCCGUGUCGCCACCUCAUAGCCGUGCUGCUAUUUUGCGAGCAGAUGAACUCGGUCGUUGAACGCUUUGCCCCUGGUUACCUUGUGGAAAACUACAUCAUGGCUUUCAGGGGGAAAGUCGUUGAACUACCGCUUGAUUCAACCCUUAGUGAGGAUCCCGCUUGUGUCCCUCCGACAACGCGCCGCACGAAAACUAGAGCCAACGAUAGCGAUCAGGACGCUAGCACAGUAUCUCGUCAAAGACUCAAACGUUCUACGCUUGCAUCAAAUGCUGUGGUGACAGCCGUUGAGAGUGAAACUCAGGCUGUUAAUACAAAACCAAAUUUAGCACCGCAGCGUGUUCGACUGUGUAAGAAAUGCCGGGGUCCAGGUCACAAUUCACGGAGCUGUUCGAUGGUAAUUCCGAUGGUGGAUCAAAGCAUCUGA